UCAUUCUUUUCUACAUAGUAUUUGUGGAAUUCAGCAUCUGGAACGAGCAGGAAACAGGUUGACUCUCUUUGACUCCCUUUAUUUCUGCAUAGUGACAUUUUCCACUGUGGGCUUUGGGGAUGUUACACCCAAGAUAUGGCCUUCAAAGCUGCUUGUUGUCAUUAUGAUCUGUGUUGCUCUUGUGGUGUUGCCCAUACAGUUUGAACAGCUGGCAUAUUUGUGGAUGGAGAGACAAAAGUCUGGUGGUAACUACAGUCGACACAGAGCUCAGACGGAAAAACACGUUGUGCUGUGUGUUAGCUCUCUGAAGAUUGACUUACUUAUGGAUUUCUUAAAUGAAUUCUAUGCUCACCCCAGAUUGCAGGACUAUUAUGUUGUUAUUUUGUGUCCUACUGAGAUGGAUGCUCAGGUCCGAAGGGUGUUACAAAUCCCAAUGUGGUCCCAAAGAGUUAUCUAUCUGCAAGGCUCAGCACUAAAAGAUCAAGACCUGUUGAGAGCUAAAAUGGAUGAUGCUGAAGCUUGUUUCAUUCUGAGUAGCCGCUGUGAGGUGGACCGGACAGCAGCUGUAAGUUUUGAAAAAAUAACCAAGAAUGAACGUGCAUGCUGUUUAUACUGCUACUGUCCUUAUUCCCUCUCAGGGACUGAGAGUUCUGAGAACAGAAGAUUAAAAUUAUCUGAUUUACACAGAGAUUUUGCAUGUGGGAUGAACUUCUCAUCUCAGUUAAGAUAA